AUGACUCGAUGUUUCUGGGAGUACUGCCUUCAGACGAUGAUGGUGGGAGAGGUAGCCGCCUUUAUGGUCCCACCACGCCACCUGACUGUCUUUCCGGCGGUGAAUAAGAAGCUGCGUGACUACAUGCUUGAUCGGACAGCGAACUCAACAAACCCACCCAAACACACCUGUGCGUUCAUGAGCCUGCAAGCUCAGGGCGGCCUGGGCUAUUCCGACCUGGACGACCUUCUUGCCAGACCUCGUAUGCUCGAGUUCAUCUUCGACCUUCAUUCGGUGGUUCUCCCCGACGAAGGCCCAAAAGAGAGUUGGUUAAUGACGCCAGAGGAGAAGAAGGAGGCGAUUCCACAGCUACGACAAGCUGGUAACGAACUCUAUGCCCAAGGCCAGUGGUUUGAGGCCGCGGCUAAGUACGAGGAGGCUCUUAAUCUUAUUGAACAGCUCUCGCUCUCUGAGAAGCCCGGUGAUUCAGAGCACAUGCGCCUGGACCAAAUGCGUGUACCCUUCUAUGUCAACAUGGCUCAAUGUCAGUUCAAACUAAAGGACUACUACGGGACCGUUCAGAGCACAAGCGAAGCAUUGUUGCGCGACAAGAACAACGUGAAGGCACUCUUCCGACGGGCUCAGGCCUACUCCGCCACUUCUGACGUCCAUCUAGCCAAGAUGGACUUUACACGAGUCAAAGAACUCGCGCCGGACACAAUGACGAAUUGUGUCGACCGGGAACUAGCCAACCUAGACCGAAUAGACCGCGAGUGCAGGGAACAAGAGCGCCGACUCCUCGCAGGAAAAAUGUUCAGCCAAACUUGA